AUGUUGGCUCCCUUAAACAGUAUUAUCUGCUCUAUGGUUCUCUUGUUUAUAAUUAUUUCACCAAUUCAAUCGUCAGAAAAAGAAACUAGAGAAAAUAUCCAUAAGAAUAUCAGACAAGACAAAAAACCAAUGAUGUCAUUGUGUCCUUUUCCUUGCAAUUGCGCAGAGGAUAUCAACAAACAUGAAUUUAGUGUAACAUGUUCCAACAGAGGGUUACAGAAUAUUCCAGACAUUCCACCGCAAGUGACCGCAUUGGAUUUACAAAACAACCUCAUCUCAAACAUUACAUGCUAUGAUUUCAAAGAGCUCUCGAAUUUGAAAAGUUUAAGUUUGUCGUAUAAUAAGAUUAAAACACUGGAGAAUGCUUGCAUAUUUUCAAAUCAAGCAAAAUUAGAAAUGCUGCACAUAACAUAUACUACUUUGACAUUCAUUGAGCCGUUUAUAUUUUCAAAUCUUUCACAGCUGAAAGUUUUAGAUUUAUCACGUAACAAUCUUAUUCAGAUUUUAAACAAUUCAUUUUUUGGUCUGAAUUCCUUGACAUUCCUGUCCCUCCAAAGCAACAAUUUGAAAUACUACAACAAUACAUUUGAGCUGGAAGCAUUUAUCGGACUUAACCAGUUAGAGAUAAUACAUUUAGAAGGCAACAACCCAACGUUUGAUUUUUCUACCUACCCAGACGAAGCUCUCUCCAAGCUGACGAAUCUUCGGGAAAUUUUCCUUGACGGAUACCCCAUCCAGCUUGGGCCUGGCUUCAAAAGUUUGCAUAAUUUAGAGACAAUACACAUGAAUAACUACCCACCAGGAACGUUCUGUGUCUUCAAUUAUUCAAUACCUAACAAUUUCUUUGAGAACAUCAUGUCACUAAAACCAUUCUCGAUAGAUCUCAACGGCUGUCAGUUAAAAUAUUUACCACCAAUUAUUUUCAGGAAUAUUUCAAAUCUGAUCUUUUUAAAUCUCUAUAACACACGAAUGCUUUUACUGACAGGGUUUGAAAAUGGUUCAAUAUCGUUGAACGAUUCUAAUAUAAAAGUGCUAAAUUUAUCAAAAAUAAACAUUGAAGGACCUUAUUUCUCUUCAGUUUCAAGACAAUUGUUUCGUUAUUUAAAAUAUACACCACUGGAAUCCCUUGACAUAUCGAGCAACAGAAUUUACACAGUAGAUGCUUUUGCCUUUGUAGACCUGCCCCCUACACUGGAGUAUCUGUCACUAAGAAAUAAUAAAAUAGCCAGGUUUGAAAUCUUUAUUGCUAUUUUAACUUUGGGACGCGUAAAAACUAUUGACGCGUCACUACAACUCCAAUACACAGAAACGCCAGAUAAUACAAAUGUAAUAUAUGACUUCGAUUGUGAAAUAAAUUCAAAACAUAUGGAUUCUAACCAUAACAGCAAUAUUUUAAGAAAUAGAAAUGAAACUGCUGGUUCAAAUACCAGAACAAUAGAUCAAUCAUCUGAAACUUUUUAUUUUCCACUGCCGUUUAGCCUUGAAAUUUUUUCCGUCAGCACUCUUAAGGUAGAAUAUUCUAUCCCUGCUAUUACUGUAAAAAAUAAUAAAGUACUGAGAUAUUUGGACUACUCAAACAACAUGGCUCGGUGCUGGCAAGGGCCCAUAAAAGCACCACCAACUCUUCAACAUCUUGAUUUAUCAAAAAAUUAUUGUACCAAAAUGAGUUUAACAUUUUUCAAAUACCUUACAAAUUUGACGACACUUCUUUUACAUGACAACGUUCUUGGUCCGACUUUGGCCAAUGACAUUUCAGGAAUAGCUUUCUCAACACUGACCAGAUUGGAGACACUGAACAUCAGCGGCAACACUAUAACAACCUUAUCUAGAAAUAUCUUUCAGAAUAGCAUUAAUUUAAAAUAUUUAAAUCUCUCAAGAAAUUCACUUACACAUUUUGAAGUCGAUUUAAAUGGAGUUCUGAAAUUGGAAGAGCUUGACUUAAACAAAAAUCUUUUGAGUGGAUUUUCUGAGAAAAAUUGUGAAGAUUUAAAACAAUUGAAAUCCAGGAACUCAAAAUUUAAGAUCAGAAUCCAAUCCAAUCCCCUGAUGUGUACUUGCGAAUACCUGUCGUUCGUCCAUCUUCUGAUCACCCAGUCAGAUAUAUUUGAUAGCGUAGAUUCCAUCACCUGUACCACAAUUGACGGCUCCAACUUAUCACAUGACCAACUGGCCACAUUCUACCCGCAGUUAAUGAAGAGCUGUGUCUCACAGUAA